AUGGAUCUGGAGAGCCAGGAGAAAAUAUUAUUUGAAAAGUAUUUGGAUCGAACAAAUAAAUUUUUAUAUGUUACGGGAAUGCAACUGAAGGAAGACAUAGGUUGUAACAAGUCACUAUUACAGCUUCUACGCCACCGGUGGUUUUAUUAUUUUAACUUUUUCUACCUCACUACUUCUAUUAUGGGACAAUUUGCGUGGUGGGUCGAAGCGAUUAUAACAGACAGGAGUAUCACAGAGAUUACUUAUUUCAUGCCUUGCGUCACUUUUUGUUGUCUCGGAAAUAUGAAGGCAUUCUACUUUAUAAAAUACGUCCAUUUCGUUAAUGACACUGUAAACAGUUUGAGAAAGGUACAGAGUUUGACAUCGGAAAUGCGAAAAUAUCGAAAUGAAGUUGAACAUGAAAUGUUAAACAACAGAUUGUGGAUUUACAAUAUGUUCACUUAUCUCACCUCAAUUACAACUGGAGGAGCGCUACUGUCGUUUAUGAUGGGUCCUUUUCUUAUAUUGGGUGUUUAUUACUAUUCAACUGGUGAAAUGUUAAUUACUUUACCAUUUUUUCUUUGGUAUCCUGUUGAUCAAACGAAGUUAACCAAUUGGCCGUUUCUAUAUAUUCAUCAAGUGUGGUCAGCUACAAUUACUGUUUUUAAGGUUUUUGGUCCCGAUAACUUUUUCGCAACUUGCUCCACAUUUAUAAACAUACAAUUUCAUUGCUUACGGUAUGAUAUAGAAAAAAUUGAUGUUGGAACGAAAAACAGAAAUAAAUGUCUCAUAGAUGGUGGUUUUCGAUUACAAUUUGAACAGAUAAUUCAAAGGCAUAAAAUAUUAAUACGAUGUGUGAAUUUGUUAGAAUCAAUUUUUGCAAAAUCCACUCUAUUCAACGUUGCUACAAGUUCGUUAAUCAUAUGUGUUACGGGUUUCAACGUUACGACAAUUGAAAAUAAAAUUUUAAUGAUGCCGUUCGUUUCGUUCUUUCUAAUGUCUAUGCUGCAAGUAGUCGUAUUAUGUUACUACGGCGAUAAAAUAAUGCAAUAUAGCAUGGAAAUAAGUGAUGCCGUAUACAACAGUCAAUGGUAUUUGGCAGAUGCCAAGGUCAUGAGAGAUUUACUGUUUCUCUCCAUCAGAUCUCGGAGAGCAUGUAAAUUAACUGCAUAUCGGUUUACCGAUCUUAAUUUGAAUACGUUUGGUAGAAUAAUGGGAAGGUCUUGGUCAUACUUCGCAUUGCUGCAAACAGUAUACGGAGGAAAAGGAUUUAAAAAUAAUUAA